AUGACAUCGCCAUCACACUCGCGGCCGCUUCUGCUGGACCAAGAGCCCAACCUCAUAACAUCCAAAGGCCAUGGCGCGCUGUCGAACUUGAUCAGGACGCGGUCCAAUGCAUCCGUGAAUAGCCUGUCUUGGAGGCACCCCUCUGACGAGGAGGACGCGUUGGGGUCUCCCUCCCUGCAGCAGGGGGCCCUCGAAGAUGGUGACUACACGGAGCGACGGUCCGCCGCCGAGGAGCGUCGCCUCGUCGAGCUUCUUCACGAGCCUCAUAUGCGGUCUAUGCGCCUGAUCGGAUAUCCCAACAACCGCUAUCAGUGGGCGAGAUACUGGAAGACGGACGAGCAGCUCAAGGCUAUCAAGCCGAAAGGCCUCCGCGAGUACUACGAGAGGACAAACUACCUCAUCCAGCAGUAUGUCUUCAUCGACAAGCUCCUGGACUCAUCUCUCCCCCACGAUCUCCUCAAUGAGUACAACAACAUGCCUGCCUCUGCGUUUCGCCGCGGCGUGGAGGUCCCCCAGACCAUCUCAGAGGAGCCCUCGAGGCCGUCGUCCAAAGGCCAACCCAUUUCGAGCUCUGCCAGUGGCUCUAAGGUGAAACGGACGCCCAAGGACAUCUACCGACCAACUCACUCGUCCCCUCUCAUCUCUGCCGAAACCUCACAGGAUGGAGAAGUCGAUGAGGACGACGAGGAGGCAAAACCCGAGAUCCCCCUGUUCGAAGACGACGAUGUUGAUAGUGGUGCCAAGGUCGUCACGGUAGCCAUCUACGUCAACUUCGUGGCCAAUGCGAUCCUCCUGCUGGGAAAGAUCGCCGUGAUCAUCUCGGUUCCCAGCGUCUCGGUGCUGGCGAGCUUGGUGGAUGCCGCGCUAGACUUUCUCUCGACGGUCAUCGUCUGGACAACAACCACGCUCAUCGCGCGCCAGGAUCAGUACCGCUAUCCCGUGGGCCGGAGACGGCUGGAGCCCGUCGGUGUGCUUGUCUUCUCGACCAUCAUGAUUACCUCCUUUGUCCAGGUGGCCAUUGAGGCCAUCUCAAAGCUCGCAUCUAGCGAUCACGAUGUGAUUCAGCUUACAGCGUCCGCGAUAGGCAUCAUGCUGUCAACUAUUGUUAUCAAGGGUCUGUGCUGGUUUUGGUGCCGGCUGAUCAAGAACUCUAGCGUGCAGGCACUGGCCGACGAUGCUAUGACGGAUAUGAUCUUCAAUGCCGGCUCAAUAGCAUUUCCCAUUGUCGGCUUCUACGCGCGAAUAUGGUGGCUGGACCCAUUAGGUGGUCUGCUGCUGUCGAUGGUCGUCAUCUUCAACUGGUCGCGCAGUGCGAGCGAACACAUCAAGAACUUGUGUGGCUUUAGUGCGAGCGCCGACCAGAGGAAUAUUUUGCUGUACCUGACUAUGCGCUUCGCCAAGACCAUCAGGCAGAUCCAGGGGCUGCAGGCGUAUCAUGCUGGUGACAAGCUGAACGUUGAGGUGGAUAUUGUGCUGGAUGCGAGCACUUCUCUCAAAGACAGCCAUGACCUUAGCGAGAGUCUGCAAUAUGUCCUCGAGUCUGUGCCUGUCGUGGACAGGGCAUUCGUCCAUGUUGACUACGCCAGUUACAAUCUCCCGACACACAUGGAACAGCAGUCCCGCUAA